CAAUGGUAGUAGAUAAAUUAAGAUGGUUAACGGCAUAUUGGAGGUGCUGCUAGUGGAUGCUCGAGGCUUGGAACAAUCUGAUUUCUUAGGUAAAUUGGAUCCGUACGUGUUGAUUCAGUAUAAGACUCAAGAACGCAAGAGCAGCGUCCGUAGAGGAGAAGGUAGAAACCCGAUCUGGAAUGAGAGAUUCACUUUCCGAGUGCAAUACCCUGGGGCUGAUGAUGACCAAUACAAGCUCUUCCUCAGAAUCAUGGAUAAGGACACCUUUUCGGCCGAUGAUUUUAUUGGAGAAGCCAAGAUCUACUUGAAGGAUCUAAUUGCAUUGGGAGUGGAAAAUGGAGUGGCUGAGUUACAUCCUUGCAAGUAUAAUGUCAUCAAGACUGACCAAACUUACUAUGGAGAGAUUCGAGUUGGCCUCACUUUCACCCCAUUGGCCGAAAUAGAAAUGGAGCAGAAUGAAGAAGAGUUGGGAGGAUGGAAGCAAAGCUUCUUCUGAAGACCCUUUUUUAUGAAUUAUACACAUGAUCUAUGUAAUUCUCAUUUAUGCAAUUAAUGGAACAAUCUAAUGUUCUUUGGGACUUAUAAUCAUACUAGAAUUCCGCUACUAUGAUCAAAUGGAAUGUGAAAUCUUCAUUAAA